CUAGAAAUGUAUCAGUUGUCAAGCCAUGCAAAUGCUCACAAUGAUCUGGAAUCAGGUAAGCACAUAAUAUCAGCACACAUUCACAACACAAAGGGCAGAAGACUUCUGUAGAACAGAUGGAAAAAGAGUAAUUGUGAAAUGAUUGCUCAAAGAUCUGCUGGAUGUCAGCUGCCAAACAACAGAUGAGUUGUAGGAGUCUAAACCCUCGUCAGCCAGUUGAAAUUAUGGUUCCUUUCACUAAACAGAGGUCUUUGCACAUAACAGCGCUCUUCACAUUUGGCAUCAUCUUUCUUUUUAUGCUGUUCCAAAACGCGGUGAUCUAUACUUUCCUCAAAACAUCAGUUGCUUCCACCCGCAGAGGUCUGUGCGCUUGUGAUAAAUGUGUCGCGGAUCUGAACGAUACUGAUUGGUUCUUCAUGCGGUUCAACCCCACUGUUCCAUUUCUGCUGAACAGAAGAAACGGCGUGUUACGGUCAGACGUCUACAGCUGGUGGACGGGUCUACAAGUUGAGACCAAUAAGGUUACCUACACAGAUGUGGUGGACACAUUGUUUUCUGUCUUUCCUGAUGAAGAGCACUACUCAGACGCCGGUCCAGAUCGCUGCAGAACCUGUGCUGUGGUGGGAAACUCUGGGAACCUCCUGAGAUCCAAUUAUGGGCCUAUCAUAGAUCUUCAUGACUUUGUCAUAAGGAUAAACAAGGGUCCAACAGAAGGUUAUGAGAAGGAUGUGGGGUCUAAAACCACUCACCGGAUUCUCUACCCUGAGAGCGCCGUGGAUUUAGACAACUCAACCCACCUGGUUCUUCUGCCCUUUAAGAUCAAAGACAUGCGCUGGCUCAUCAGUGCCUUCACCACUAAACACAUCACACGCACUUACAUUAGAGUGAGACAUACAGUAAACGCUAACAGAGACAAGGUGAUGAUCAUCCAUCCUGAAUUCAUUAAAUAUGUCUACGAGAGCUGGCUGCAGAAACAUGGCAGAUACCCAUCCACUGGAUUCAUUACACUGAUAUUCGCUCUGCACAUCUGUGAUCAGGUCGAUGUUUUCGGGUUUGGAGCUAAAAGUGACGGGAACUGGCAUCAUUAUUUUGACACAAGCUUGAUUCACUUUAGCAGAGGCAGUCACGGCGGAGACUUUGAAAAUAAGACCAUGAAUGAGCUUCUAUUGUUAAACAAGAUUUCUAUACAUAAAGGGUGGUAAUGAUAACCUUUUUCUCAUUGUGUCCCUGGCACGGGCUUUUAAUGAAACCUUUUGAUAAGCCUGCAUUUUCAAAACAGAAUUAUUUAUGUAUUUAUUCACCUGUAUUUAACCAAGAAAAAUAAGACCUUAUAUUUAUAAUAGCAUAUUGCUCUUGUUAAUGGGGAAUGUGGAACAAUUAGAAAUAAUUAAGAUUAAAUUCAACCGAUUAUACUGAGGGAAAGAAAUAAAAAUACAUAAGAUUGAAUAAUGAAUGGUAUGCAAACAAUGCUUUGACAAACAAAACGGUUUUAAAUGUAUACUUUUUAAUAGUAUUGUGUACCGUUAAAUAUUAAAGUAGAUUUCACAUGAAACAUCAACUGCAAUCUUAUGAAAUUUCACAAAUUAUCACAUGACUAAAUAUUCUCACAUGACACUUAAAUUAUAUU